AUGGUUGUCUCCUCCAGGAAAGCAGACUUUCCUAUCCAAAGUCAUGACAGGAUUGUCGGAGCCUUUCCAUUCGAAGGCGAUCAGCGCCACGAGGCCAGUGGUCAGUUGAGCGAUUUGUUGACCGAGAUCCGCGAUGUUCCUGGAUUCGAUAGGUUCCUUCUCGCCGGGACUGAGAUGCAAAUGAGAGAAGCAGCUGCUGGAGGUCCCAUUAUCAUCAUCAACGUGGGUGCCCAUAGGCGCGACGCCUUGGUCAUCGACCAAAAGGGCAUUCGUGCGUUGGAGCUCUCAGGUCUAAGUAUUGAGGAUAUACAUUCUCGCUCAAAUACUCUGGACUCGGUGAAGACACUUGAAUGGCUAUGGGAUGUCGCUGUCGGACCUAUUCUUGACUUCCUCGGGUUUACUGGUACGCCAGGUGAGGGCAUGCCGUGGCCGCGGGUUUGGUGGAUUCCGACAGGCGCGCUCGUGCGGUUCCCCCUUCAUGCUGCCGGUUAUCACCUUCGUCGCAACUCAGAUACGGCCAUGGACAGGGUGAUAUCGUCGUACAGCUCGUCUGUAAAAGCCAUCACAAACGCUCGAAGACAGCGGCUCCUUGUUGAUGGGGACCCCGAGUCAGGCUCAAAUGCUAUCCUCGUUUCCAUGUCAGAAACUCCAAAACACUCGAGUCUUCAGCAUGCAAAGAGGGAAAUCGACGAGGUCAGCAAAAUCUGUUCAUCCAUGGGCUUGCCAUUUGAACAUCCAGAGAACAACAAUCGAGAUGUUUUGAAUGCUCUAGACAACUGCAAGAUCUUCCAUUUCGCGGGGCACGGAGGUACCCAUCCUACAGACCCAUUGAAAAGUCUCCUUCUCCUCAAAGACUACGACAGCUUUCCCCUUACGGUCGGAAGCCUCCUUGACAAGAACCUACAGUCGAAGAGGCCUUUCCUCGCCUACCUUUCGGCAUGCGGCACCGGCGAGAUCAAAGAUAAAAACUCUGUUGAUGAGAGUAUUCACUUGACCAGUGCUUUUCAGCUUGCGGGGUUUCAACACGUUGUUGGUACACUCUGGAGCGUCGACGACGCGGUGUGUGUGGAUGUUGCAAGAGCCACCUAUGAAGCGAUCCAGGAGCAUGGAUUCAAAGACACUUCUGUAAGCCUAGGCCUUCACCGGGGUUUGCGAUCGCUGCGUGAUCGAUGGGUGGCUAGUGAAACGGAUCCCACGGUUCCUCGUCGGGACAUCAAAGUCCCUCGGUUCGAAGAUCGCAGAUUGUUGUGGGUUCCAUAUGUGCAUUACGGCGUCUGA